UGCCAUCAUGGGGUUGCAAGAUCAUUAAGUUAACUUAGGAGGUUUAAGGUGAGAAAAUAAUCAUAUUUGAACGUUUUUUUUGUAAUUUCGUUCAUAAUCAUGAACUAUAACGCUGAUAAUAGUGAGUUUCAUUGAUUGAUAAGUUAAAAUCCCUUCAAUGGCCAACAACAUUUCUGAAGAUGGCAUCACAAUUUAUUAUGUCUGCUCUAUUACUGUAUGAUAGAACCCAUCUUAAAGAACCACUCUUUCUGAACCGUUCAUUCGCGUCGUUCAAAAAGUCGCCUUAAAGUCGUUCAAAAAUUUCUAACCUCGUCAAACAAAGCUUCAUUGUACAUUUUUCUUCUUCAAAAUAGUUUUUUUGUUGAAUAUUCUUGAUAUUUAAUCAAGAUUAGAAAAUGGAUUUUCAAAACCGCCCCGGUGGAAAGACGGGGGGAGGAGGUGUGGCAUCAUGGUCCGAAUCUAAUCGUGACAGACGAGAGCGUCUCAGACAAUUGGCGCUCGAAACAAUAGAUCUCAACAAGGAUCCUUAUUUUAUGAAAAAUCAUUUAGGAUCAUAUGAGUGUAAACUGUGUCUGACACUGCAUAACAAUGAAGGAAGCUAUCUGGCUCACACUCAGGGCAAAAAGCAUCAAGCAAAUUUGGCCAGGCGUGCUUCCAAGGAGGCCAAGGACUCUCCUCAACAGCCUGCUCCAGAGAAGCCUCGAGUUGAGCCGAAAAAGUUUGUGAAAAUCGGUCGACCUGGUUACCGAGUGACGAAACAGCGCGAGUCAGACAGUGGUCAACAGAGUUUGCUCUUUCAAAUCGAUUAUCCUGAAAUAGCUGACGGUGUAGUGCCGCGUCACCGCUUCAUGUCCGCCUAUGAGCAACGUGUAGAGCCGCCCGAUAGGAAGUGGCAGUAUCUGCUAUUCGCUGCAGAGCCGUAUGAAACCAUUGCAUUCAAGGUGCCGAGCCGCGAAGUGGACAAGUCGGAAGCACGUUUCUGGACUCACUGGAAUCUGGACACAAAGCAAUUCUUCCUGCAGUUCGCCUUCAAACUGGACUCAAAGUCGUUUCCGCCUCCUCCGCCUCCAUCAGCAACGCCCACCCCUACCCCGGCCCCCGCCUCACUGCCGCCUCCGCCUCCGCAGGCAGCCAUGGUUCCACCCCCGCCUCCAAUGAUGAGUGGAGUUCCGCCACCCAUGAUGGGCGGAGUUCCGCCCCCGCAAGCGGGAAUGGUGCCGCCUCCACCGCCUAUGAUGGGCGGAGUUCCGCCUCCGCAGACGGGAAUGGUUCCGCCUCCGCCGCCUCCCAUGGGAGCUCCUCCGCCUCCGCUUCCGCCUGGCAUGUUCAAUCCGGUGCCGCCUCCGCCGCCCCAAAUCGCUGUCACCAUACCGCCGCCUCCGCCUAAGAUGUAGGCGCGCGGAGCGAGUCUGACUGCUAGUGAGCGAAGCGUGUCUGACAGCUAGCGAGCGAAGUGAAUUUGACAGCUAGCGAGCGAAGUAAGUCUGACAGCUAGGGAGUGAAGCGAGUCUAACAUCUAGCGAGCGAAGUGAGUCUGGAAGCAAGAGAGAAUGGUCCCUUUUACAGUGUGUGUUUUACGGUAUUGAGAAUUUAUAGUCUAAUUAUUUUCACGUACUGUAUUUUAUAUUUGAGUAAUAUUGUACUUUUACAAUCUCCUACUUUUUUAACGUACCAUAUAAUAAAUAUUAUGUUUAAUGGAUA